AUGGUUCUCCACAUCGUGGUGUCUCCAGGAGCUGACCUGCAAGCGGUGGAUGCCAUGAAGGGCAAGACAGCCAGGGAGUGGGCAAUCUUCACCGGCAACUUCGAGACGACAGUGCGGAUCAGGACCCUCCUGCGACGCCCGCGCGCGGAGCAGUUCGGAACGCAGUACAAGCCCGAGUGGCCCGCCCUGGCCGAGCUGGUGGCCAAGGCCCUGAGCCCCAAAUCCAGCAGCAGGAGGAUGCUGGAGAAGAUCCAAUCCAUGUUCACCAUCAACAUCCCUCGCGACCCCGAGGAGGACGGUGUGUUGGACCACAUGGUGCGGAUGACCACGUCCCUCGCCAGCCCCUUCGUGACCACUGCUUGCCAAACCGUCUGCCCCGACAGCCCACCCGAG